CAUUAAAACCAGAUGCUUUUUUUUUUUUGUCUUUUUUUUAAGAGGCAUACUCAUGGAAUCAUGGAUAGUGACACACAAAAACUUAUAAAUUUUUUUACAUGUCUAAUUCUAGUAUCUUCCGAUCCAAGAAAUCUAGAGAGAGAAACAGUCGUUCACACCUUCCAGGUUCCCGCAUCACAAACCCGUUGACUCGUCGUCCCCUUCCGAAGACUUGGUCGCCAAUCAACUCGUAUUACGCACGCCUCUCUCUUCCUCCAAUAUCAAUUCCCACCUCCCUCACCAACAUCAACCUAAGUUCUAUCUCUUAAUCUACUUCCAUUCUUCUCCGCAGCUUAGUAGCUGACCCUCUCUCUCUCUCUCUCUCUCUCUCUCUCUCUCUCUCUCUCUCUCUCUCUCUCGCCCGCUCGCUCUCCCUCCAUCCCUCGCAAAAUCAAAAGAAAUGAAGAAAAUUGUUGUGAAGCUGGAUCUGCACGAUGACAAAGACAAGCGCAAAGCUCUGAAGACCGUCUCCUCCCUCUCAGGGAUCGAUUCAAUCGCGAUGGACAUGAAGGAAAUGAAGCUGACGGUGGUGGGGGUUGUGGACCCCAUCGAAGUAGUCACCAAGUUAAGGAGGUACUGGCACGCUGAGAUCUUCUCUAUCGGUCCUCUAGCCAAAGAGGGGGAGAAAAAGGAGGGAGGCGGUGGCGGAGGAGGCGCCGGUGGCGGAGGUGGAGGAGGCGGCGGCGGUGGGGGCGGUGGCGGAGCAAAGAAGGAGAGCGGCGGAGGUGGAGGGGGCGGCGGAGGCAGCGGGGGGGAAAAGAAGAAGGAUCCCAAUGAACAAAUUGCGGAGUUGGUGAGAGCCUACCAAGCUUACAAUCCUUAUAUGACUACACAUUACGUCGUCCAUAGCGCAGAAGAGAACCCAAACUCCUGUGUUAUUUGCUAAUUAAUAAGAAUUUUAUUUAUUUUAACUCUGUUGCUCACAGUUUUCCAUGAAAAAGAAAACUAAAUGAAUGUGAAAUAAUGUAAUAUUUUUUAUUGGAAAUGAUUGUAAAUAAUGCAAAAUUUUAUGAGCAUUAGAGGAUGUUAAUGCUCCGAGGACUUUGCGCCAAAAAAAAAUUGUGAAAAAGCGGAAUAUUUUUUUUAUUUUUAUUUUUUUAGCGAUUGUAAAUACUGCUAACUUGGCAGUUGAGGAUAUCAAUGCUCCAAGAGCUACAUUAAGUGUCAUUUGUAAUUGUUUUUCU